AUGGAGAGCUUUGACUAUGCAGACGUCGGGUCCUCUAGCACCGUAGCACUUCCACGCCAACAAUCUAAACUCGGAGUAGAUGGUGGUGUCAGAGCCUGGCGUACCACGGCUGGCGGAUGGCUCGUAUUGCUCGCGACAUUUGGGUACUCCAACUCAUUCGGGGUCUACCAAGACUUCUACACACGAAAUGGAGAUGCUUCUUCGUCUCGCAUUAGUUGGAUUGGCUCAGUUCAAAUAUUCUUCCUCAUCGCCACCGGGAUAGUCUCUGGAAAGCUGCUCGAUGCGGGUCAUUUCAAGACGACAAAUAUAGUCGGCACAGUGCUUUAUGUAUUUUCCCUUAUGAUGGUGUCCAUCGCGCAUCAUGAGAAGUAUUAUCAGAUAUUUCUUUCUCAAGGACUUGGUAUGGGCAUCGGUGCGGGCUUGUUAUAUUCACCAGCCGUUGCAGUUCAAGCCCAUCACUGGCGCAAACAUCGUUCUCUAGCCAUAGGUAUAGCCUUUAGCGGUGCUGCUCUUGGCGGUGUUAUAUUUCCUAUCAUGCUCAAUAGACUAUUCCAUGGGUCUGUUGGGUUUCGUUGGGGUGUACGAGCAUCGGGAUUCCUUGUUCUCGCCUUGCUCAUCCCCGGGAUAUUUCUUAUGACCACAAAUCCAUUGAUGGAUGGGACAAACAAGCCGAAACCAGAAAUGAUAGGAAUAUUGACGGAUGUACCCUAUCUUGCUGCAUGCAUUGGAGGGCUGUUCAACCUCUUAGGAAUCUUCUUUCCGCUCUUCUAUCUCCAAAUAUUCUCGAUUCUCCAUGGCGUCGAUCCUAAUACUGCGUUCUACACCAUAGCUAUCCUCAACGCCUCUUCCGUUGUCGGGCGAAUUAUUACAGGCUUCGCAGCAGACAAAAUCGGACCAAUGAACGCUAUCAUUCCUGUCUCUCUCGUAAAUGGAGUUCUUCUCAUCGCUCUCCUCGGAAUCACGAACACGGGGACCAUCAUCAUAUUUUCAAUCAUUUUUGGCAUCACGUCCGGUUCUUUUAUGGCCCUUUGCGGCCCUGUCGUCGGUAGUUUUGCACGCGACGAAAGCGAGAUUGGGUAG